UAACACUGGGAGAAACUUUACACUUCUAGGAAUCCAUAAACCACCAUUGCACUCGACCAUUUUAACUGGACACCUGACAUCAGACUGUGUGAUUUCUAAAUAAAUACAUCUUAUAUUACUUACACAAAGCAGCUCGCGUAUGCCACAAUUUAAACUACGCUUUCAAUGAUAGACAGUGUUGUAGUCUACAGUAAAGAACCCGCCUUCUUCAGAGAGCUGAUUGGCUGGAACAUUUGUCAAUCUACUGUGCAGCUUUCGCGAACACUAGCAAACUUGGUUGCGGUGUAAAGUUUCCAAAAAUGACACUUGGGGAUAUUUUUGUCGGCAAGAUGUAGCUGAUUUUGUCUACAAAGUUGCAGUAAUGAGGCGUGGAGAACCUCUCCCAUGGGCCUUUCAGGCUCCUGUGGAUGUUCAUGCCAGCGCAGAUGGUCAAGUGUACAUGUUCAGACACAGACAAGAAGAACUGGACAUGUCAUCUAAGGAUGAGGAACUGAAUGUCAUGGAGCUUCGGCCACGGAGCAGUGAGUCAUCCUCACUGGAGAGAGAAAGAGUGGGAGAAAUGCUUUUGCUGGAAAGAAACAUCUCCCAUGAGGACAAUCUCAACAAACUGGCCCUACAACAUGGAUGCAAGGUCACUGACAUAAAGAGAGAGAACAACCUUUUUCAAGAGCAGGACAUGUAUGCACUGAAAUCCAUCAAAAUCCCUGUAAAGAAGCAUGGCCUUUUAACAGAGGUCAACACUGAGCUCAGGAACCCUCAACAAAGACCCUCCCCUGAUGCAGUACAACCAGCCAAUCAGAAGCUGGAAAGUGGUAAAGCAAGCAUCUCGGUCAGAACUCAGGUGCAGGAGUAUACUGACUUUCUUAAAGAGGUGGACAGUGACAUUGAGCGUCUGAUCCAAAGCUCAGAUCCUCCAGAAGAGGUAUUUUCUGGCAGUUCCAGGGGAUUCAGACGAUGGGGAUGGAGAAACCCGUGCUUACUCAGCUACGGUGCAGACUGGGGGAUUCAAUGGUGGAACGCUGUGGUCGCCAUGUUACUAAUAGGUAUCGUCCUACCAAUAUUCUAUGUAGUAUAUUUUAAAACUCAAGAUAGUGGGGAAUCUGUAGUGGACAAUGGAGCGAUCAACAUCUCUGUGUCUACUUCAAACAGUACAGUGACCAUUAAGAAUAUAAUCAGAAACCACCUUGAGGAAAAGCAAGUAUAGGAUUGUAAAAUAUUGUGUGGUGCUGCCUAUGGUGUGUGGUCUUUAAAAUUUUGUUUGAUGCAUGUGAUUUUCCUUGGUACUUUGCAGAUUCACUUGACAGCCCACAAGCCUAUUUUUUAGCCUAAACUAAAAUGAUAAAUUUACCUAAUUUCAUCUGUUUAGUGAUAACACAGUUAAGGAGACAUUUGUACCAAUGAUAUUCUGAGUUUGCAUACUCUACUCAUACUCGACACUCAAGAGUGUUGAAACUAUUUAAUAGGUUUCAUUGGUGCUAUGAUUUAAUUUAAUGAAAGUUAUUAUAGAAUUACAGAUUAUCUCUCAAGUGUAUUGUGGGAACAAACUAAAACUUUUAAAAGUUAUAAAACAUCUAGUAAAUCUUAUGUUUACUUUUCCAUGGAAUUGAUCGUAUUGCUGUGGUUUUGUCUUUGUACAGUAUGUCAUUCCUUGAAGAAUGCUUACCGUUUACAAUGUAUCGAUGCGUAAUUGCAUUGAUAGAUCUGUUAGACUGAAGGGUAUUUUGUGCCAACUCUAAUUUGUAUCCAUUAAUUUUUUUCUUGAUUUUAGUAGAACCCUAAUGCCAUAUUGUUGUUUUUUAUGUGGAAUGGCACUGUGAUGCCAUCAGUGCCAAAGGAUGGACUUGUAUUAAAUCACUGUUUGUUCAUUUAUUUGAAGUGCAAUAAAGACAUAUUUGA